CAGAAAAAAAAAAAAAAAAACGUUUCAACCAGCAGACAGAGGCACUGGAGUGUUUGGAGGAGGAGCUAGUACUGCUAUAAAAGACCUCAGAAUGAAGUCUUGUCUUCACUCUGCUGGGAAGGGAGACAGUCCCCAUCAUGUCGUACUAUGAGCAUAUCGUCUUUGACUACCUCAAUGACACCGGCUCUGGUUCUGGCUCCGGGGAGGAGGGAGUGGACCUGGAGGAGCCUUGUAAUGUCGAGCACCUGAUGACAGCUGAGCUUCAUAAGGUCUUCUUGCCUGUGGUCUACGCCCUCAUCUUCAUCCUCGGCAUCACCGGAAAUGGUCUGGUUGUUGUAGUGUUGGGCUGUCAGCGCAGGUCAAAGUGCAGCCUGACAGACUGGUACCGCCUUCAUCUCUCUGCUGCUGAUCUCCUCUUUGUUUUGGCGCUCCCUUUCUGGGCAGUGGAUGCGGCCUUGGCCGAUUGGCGUUUUGGGUCAGCCACGUGCAUCGGCGUGCACGUGAUCUAUACCGUCAACCUGUACGGCAGCGUGCUCAUCCUGGCGUUCAUUAGUCUGGAUCGCUACCUGGCAGUGGUCCGAGCAACAGACACAAACACCGGUGGGCUGAGGCAGCUGCUGGCACACAAGGCGGUGUAUGUAGGUGCAUGGUUGCCGGCUACCCUACUGGCUGUCCCAGAUAUGAUAUUUGCCCGGACUCAGGAAGGUGGCGAGGGAGCCACCGUGUGCCAGCGCUUUUACCCAGAAGAAAGCGCUCCUGUCUGGGUUGCUGUCUUUCACCUUCAGCUGGUACUGGUGGGCCUAGUGAUCCCUGGUCUGGUUCUUCUGGUGUGCUACUGUGUCAUCGUGUCCAGGCUGACCCGGGGCCCGUUGGGUGGCCAGAGGCAGAAGCGGCGGGCGGUCAGGACCACCAUCGCCUUGGUUCUCUGCUUCUUUGUGUGCUGGUUCCCUUAUGGAGCGGGCAUCUCUGUGGACGCACUGCUGCGUCUUGAGGUCCUGCCCCGAAGCUGCAGGCUAGAGGCGGCUUUAGGCGUGUGGCUGUCUGUGGCAGAGCCCAUGGCGUUCGCACACUGCUGCCUGAACCCUCUGCUUUACGCGUUUCUGGGGGCAGGGUUCAAGAGCUCGGCCCGCAGGGCCCUAACUCUGAGCCGGGCCUCCAGUUUGAAGAUUUUACCCCGUAGACGACCUGGGACUUCAACGACCACCGAGUCCGAAUCAUCCAGUUUACAUUCCAGCUAAGGUCUCUCCGAGCUGUUCUGUACAUAUUAUGUGACAUAUGUAAGAAAGUUUUAAAGAAGUAAUGUGGAAAAUAAGGUGCAGUCUGCUGGUACAUGACUUCUCCUUCUCUGUAGAGUUUCACUUGUGAAUAUUGUUAAUAUACCCAUGUUCAUAUACCACUGUGCAUGUUUUUAAUAAAAUAUACUAAACCAACUGA